AUAUGCCCCAUGCUUCAUUGCUUAAUUCUGUCUCCUUAAUCUCCGCUGUACACUUCUUAGCUUGCACCUCUCCAACUUUCCAGGGGAACCCCCACAACUACAGCCGUCGUCCGAUCAUCUUUCAUUCUCCUCGACUGAAAUGUGUAUCGGACAGUGUUCGAUGCAUGUGGUAGGACGACGACGGCGACGAAUGUGGGGCGCCGUUGAUCUGGAAGUGAUGUUGUUGGGGUUAUUGGUUAUGGUACAAGUACAACUGUCUGUUCAGCUGAGGUGUAGUCAUCCCAUGCAUGGGGUUGUGGACAGGAUCAAUGAGAAUGCAGGGCCUUAUAUUGGGCUUGUCAUGACUUUCCCUACCGAAGAAAUCGUGCUUCAAACCUCUGGUUUCUUUGUUCCCAGCUCCGAGAUCCCCUGGGUUGACCUGGCUGGAAGGAGGUUCAACAUUGGGAAGGUCAAUGGUGUAGAUGUAAUUUAUGUGAUGACUGGAGAGCAAACGCUAAAUGCAGGUGUAGCUGUGCAAACCCUUCUUGACACAUUUGAUAUUCAUGGAAUUGUUCACUAUGGAAUAGCUGGAAGUACUAAUGAUUCAUUGUACAUUGGUGAUGUUAGUGUCCCAAAUUAUGUUGCCUUCACAGGAUCUUGGAAAUGGAAGGAGUUCAAGUCAGCAGAUGGGGAACUCACAGAACUGAAGUUUGGGGCUUUCAAUUUCCCGGAAAAGGGAGAUAAUUUGUUGGCAAAGAUAGACUUCACUCCCCAGCAAUUGUACUCUGCUGGAAAACCAAUGGAAGAGGUCUUUUGGCUUCCAAUAGAACCAAAAUUUUUCAAUAUUGCUACAACACUUCAGGAUUUACAGCUACUACAAUGUGUCAAUGAGACAUAUUGUCUUCCUGAAACACCAAAAGUUGUGUUUGGAUUGAGAGGUUCUACUGCUGAUAUAUACCUUGACAAUGCAGCUUAUAGAAAAUUUCUUUUCAAAGAAUUUAAUGUCUCGACUGCUGAUGAAGAGAGCGCGGCUAUUGUGAUGACUUCUCUAUCAAAUGGAGUGCCUUGUAUUGUGUUUCGCGGUGUCUCGGACAUGGCAGGCGGGGAGGAAAAGUUGUCUGCAACAAGCGUGACUUCUUUGGCUGCUAUGAAUGCUCUCACUGUUGCGGUUGAGUUCAUUGGAUUAUUUGGUGAGGAGGCUGUAAUUCAUGACCACUGAAGAUGUCCUAAAUAAGGAUUCAACUUAUGUUGUGCAGUUUGAACUGAUUAAUUCCUGCAAUAGCUUCUUAAGGUCUUGUCCUGUCAUACAAUGUCGACUGCAAUUUAUGAAAGUUGGUGCAGUUGUUUGUGUUCACUAACAAAAGUCUCAAAUUCAAGACAUUGUUGGUUAGCUACAAAGAAUUAGAAAGCAGUGACACAAUCCACAAACUGCCGGGGAUGUGGCUUUCAUGA